CUGCCACUGAGUUAAAAGAAGUGAGGGCAAGUCCAGUUCUAAGCAUCCAUUUCUCAAGGUUAACCCUGCGAUUGGGAAGAUCUGCCUGGAUUAGGCUUCAGAAAACGAGUAUCCCCACUUUUCAAAGGAUCUUUCUAACCCCACGCAACUAUUUUACAGCUUGGGAAGCUUUUCAUCUGUGAUUAAUUUGGCUCUGCAGCACUGACUCAGAACAGGUGAUCACACCCUGCAGACGUGUUGGCAUUGAUCUCUCGGUAGUUUUCAAACCCCUGGCUUGUGCCUUGAAGCACAGUUGUGGUACCGUAUUGCUUUCAAGACAACAGCUGAACUUUCCAUCAUCAUUCCCCCUCCUCCCUCCUUGAAGGGGGAAGUGAAAUUAGCCCAGCGUGCUUUGAGUUUAUUUAACAAGUUCAGCUCCUGUGGCCAAUAGAGACUAACAGCAGAGGGGGAGAGAAAAUCGUUGCAGCCUACAUGCUUUGGAGAUUAAAUAAGGCCUUUUAAAGGACUUGGACAGAGAUGCUGGGUCUCUCUCCCCACCCCAUGUGGAAUGUUACGUGCCUAUCCCAGACUUCACCACCAGGGCCACAGGAAUUUUGAAGAAGAAGGGGAAGUUUUUUGGAAUUCAGUGCAUUUUCUGUUGCACCCACUUUGGGCUGUUUUCCAGGCCAGUCGCUGCUAUCCAGACACACCCCUUUUUGAAAAGACUAUUUAAGGAUGAGCUUGAGCACAGCACCCUCCCAAAGGCAGAGAGGCAGGGAUGCACAAAGAGAGGGGCUCAGGAUGUCUGACCACGCCGGGGCAAGAACAACCUUCACCCUCAUUCUCUUUGUCCUGGGGCCUGGCUGGGCAGCAUCUGAGGCAUGCACGUACCCUUGCCAGUGCCCUGUGCAGGCACUCCGGUGCCCUGCUGGCACCAGCCUGUUGCUGGAUGGCUGCGGAUGCUGCAAAGUGUGUGCCAGGCAGCUCGGCGAGCUGUGCUCCCUCCAGAAGCCUUGCGAUCACCACAAAGGGCUCUAUUGCGACUUCUCCAAGAUCCACAGAGACAGCGGCAUCUGCUUAGCUCAUGAAGGGGCGACCUGUGACCUGCUGGGCAAGAUCUACCUUAAUGGAGAGAGCUUCCAGCCCAGUUGCAAACUGCGGUGCAUCUGCAUGGACGGCGCCAUUGGCUGCAUCCCCCUCUGCACGGACGGCAUGCGCCUCCCUUCCCCCGACUGCCCCUUCCCCCGGCGGGUGAAGGUGCAGAACAAGUGCUGCGAAGAGUGGGUCUGCGAAGGGGGCAGCAGCCCAAAGAGCCACUACGGAAAGGGCAUGGCAGUUUACAGGAACAACCCAGUUCGCAAGCCCAAGACGAACCACCUCCAGGAGAACUGCUUGGUGCAGACCACAGAGUGGAGCGCCUGCUCCAAAACCUGUGGGAUGGGCAUCUCCACCCGCGUCACCAACAACAACCCCCAGUGCCGGCUGGAGAAGGAGAGCAGGCUCUGCCUUAUCCGGUACUGCAACGUCCCUUUAGAGAAGAGCAUCAAGAAGGGAAAGAAGUGUGUGCGGAACCCCAAGCCCCGCCGGGCGAUCCGCUUUGAGUUCACGGGCUGCACCAGCACCCGCUCCUACCGGCCCAAGUUCUGCGGCAGCUGCACGGACGGGCGCUGCUGCACUCCGCACAUCACCAGCACCGCGAAGGUGGAGUUCCAGUGCCCGGAGGGAGACUCCUUUGUGCGCAAGAUGAUGGUCAUCCGCUCCUGCUCCUGCCACCAUGACUGCCCCGCGGACAACGACAUCUUCCUGGCCACCUACCACCGGCGCAUGAUUGGGGACCACAUCAAGCUCGAGAGGCAGUAGAGCCCAUCCCCAUGCCACCUCCAUGAUGCAGGCUGGCAGAGAUGGCCCUGGCUGUUACCUGGGAUGCUGCUGGGAGAAUCAGGGGAUGGAGGAGGGUGACCUCAGUAGACUGGAAGGCAUGUGAGUCCAGGCACUACACAGUCCUCUAUGGCAGGAGGCUCCAGCUUUCUCAGACCCAGGACUCGCCUUACAACCAAGUGUGCAUUCCAGUUCUUGUUCCUUUUUUAUUAUUAUUACCAUGUAUUUGUAUGGCGACAGUACAGCUAUUGUGAAACUCGCCUUAGAUCGGGCCGCAACAUGGUAAAGGGACCCACCAGUUGGAAAACAGUGCUCCGAGGUGCAACAGCACAAGCCUGGCACUUUGUGGGGUGAAGCUCGCACACUUGGUUUUGCACUAACCAGAUCCUCUGUUCCAAAGUUAGCUUCCUUAUCUAAGGAGUUCUGACCCAGCUCCACAAACAAACAACUGCCAAUAACUCGCUGGCUUUAGGCAGUUUUCAUCAUACCGUACGCAGCCCCUCAGUUCCCACGAUCCCUUUCUCCUUCUCGCUUCUGUUUGGCCAGCACAGCAAAACAUCCCCCCUUGUUCUCCAGAUGCAAACUUUCCAAGAACUGGAACUCAAGUUGGAUAGGUGGCUGUCGCUGUGUGACAUAAGCACAGACCCAACUGCUCACCUCUGGCUUCAGAGUUAAACCUUUUUUAGAUUAGCUGACCUGAACGCAAAACCAGCUGGGAAAUAUUAGCUCGAUACGACACAGGUUGCUCCCACCAAAGGUAUGAAGCCAGCACUACAAAUCACAAGCAGAAACGAGUCAAAGGGAAGGCUAUGGAAGUCUUUUAACAACAAAAGUCAUUCGAUAGGCAUCUGCUGUAUAACCUGGCUGGCGAGAGAUCAUUGAGUUGAGCAUUCUGUCUUUUGGCAGAGGAUUCGCCAUCACCUACAUUUGGAAGACUGGUGUUAAUCAUUUUGGACGAUUUGCAAGACGGAGCCUCCUCCUUUUCUCCCCAUAAACCUGCUCCCUGCUCCAAGCAUCCGGAUUCCCCCUGUAGAGAUGCUCCUUCACUCCCAAUUUCAACUGUAAAUACCAUGAGAAUUAUUUUUAAAGCCUAUUGUUACGAUUAGCA